UACCUGCAUGUGCCAUGUACUGCUGUAUCUACCUUGUCAGCUGCUGCGCCUUAAUUCACGACCUACUAGCCAUAAGUGAAAGUUUCUCAUUGACUGCCUGGUUAUCGUUAACUAUCCUAUUUCAUUGAUGGAUUUAAUGUAGUAUGGGUCGUGAAUUAACUUUAGUCGGGCGUAGUGCAUUAUAAUAAUCACGUAGUAUAUAUAUAUUAUGUGAACCUACCCACCCCAAUCGUACGUCAUCAAGACUCACACGGUACUCGGACAUUUCAAAGACGUUAGUGUGCGACAUCACUGUUGUUUUGGAAUUUUUGGAUGUCUCGAUGCUGUCGAUAUUCACGCAGUCAUACAGUCAUAGUGAUGUGUAGGAUGUGUUGAAUAAGUCUUGGCUUGGAAGCUCAGGCUUCAGUGUAACGAUGGCAAGUUUAGUGUGACAUUAACGGUGUAGAGAAACACUAUUGUAGCAAGUUUUUUCAGCCUACAAUGAGUGUAGUUGAAAAUUUGCUCUCAACUAUCAUGCUGCAAGAUGCAUUGUUACAUACUGCACAGGAUUACAACAUACUUACUUUUAAUUAAAUGAAAAUUAAAUGACCUAGUGACUCAUUGUGCUAUUUCUAUUUCUCGAGCUUCUCCAAUACACUCACGAUGUUUUUUUGAUGAAAAAUAAAAACGACUAUCGCAGCUUCUAUAUUAUCUAAUAAAAUCAACAAUGAUAACGCUUCGAACAAGGCUACAGCCCAGUUAGUACUUCUUGGCACACUGUCACUAUUUUGUGUUCACUCUACCUGAUCAAACUUUUUGUUGUCAGUUUUUUAAACUAUAAUGUUGAGGAACUCGAGUAAAGAUUUUAACGUUUUCAGCUCUCGAUCUUUUAAUUUGUGUACUGCUUUUGUACAGAAACAGAUUUUUUAUUUCAUACUUGACUGGCAUCUUUAUUUUCUUUGUUCAUGCUUAAAAAAAAAUUUCUCUCACGUGACUUUGCUUAAUUAGGAAACGAUUUCAAGUGCUCAAUCUGUUAUUUUAUCAUAUAACUUGCUUAGUUGAUUUAUAAGCAUUUGAAGAAAUAUAUUUCAUUGUGUGAAAUUUUUAAUAAUGAUUCCAACAAAGGCAAGUAGUUCAAAUCGCAAUUUACAAAAAUCUACACUACUGAAAGUUGUUAUUUUGGGUGAUGGCGGAGUAGGAAAAUCUUGCCUUAUGAACCGAUUUGUGUCGGAUCGUUUCGAAGAACAAAGCUUUCAUACUAUUGGAGUUGAGUUCUUGAACAAAGAAAUUGACAUAGGAGGAGAAUCCUAUAUGUUACAAAUUUGGGACACUGCAGGUCAAGAAAGAUUCAAAACAUUAAGGACUCCAUUUUACAGAGGAUCUGACAUUUGUUUGCUCACUUAUGCAGUUAAUGACAAAGACAGUUUUCAAAACUUGUCUCUCUGGAAAACAGAAUUCCUUAACUAUGCUGACGUGCGAGAAGAAUCAGCGUUUCCAUUUAUAAUUGUUGGCAACAAGGUGGAUGUGCCAGAAUCAGAAAAAGUAAUAUCAACCGAAGAAGCAAAAGCAUGGUGCUUGAAAAAUGGUGACUUGCCACUAGUAGAAACUUCCGCUAAAAAUGCUACUAAUGUAGAAACUGCAUUUGGUGCUGCUGUAGCAGCAUGGGCAAAACUUGAAGCUCGGAUAGAGCAUCCCUUCAUAGAAGAUACAGUUGAUCUAUCAAAACAACAAUCCACACAUCGCUCAGGCUGCUGUAUGCCCAUUUCUGGAUCGGAUUGAGUAUUUUUAACAUUAUCAGUAUUAAUGCUUCGGAGUGUAAAAAUUGUAAAAAUUAUAUUAACACAAAAUAAGUGUAUAAAUAUAACGUUAAGAAUCUUUGUGUGCACAAAGACAUAACACUUAACUUCAAUGUUUUACGUAAGCUAUCUUUAAAAUUACGGUCCGCAAUAGACUUGCUUCAAAUAAAGUCAUUAUAGUUGCCGGUAGAACAAUUUUUUAUAAAAACCUACAAAA